GAGGAGGCUGACACACCUGAAGUUACACUGAGACACAGGACAGGUUUUACUGUCAGUGUAAACACACACAGAGACACAGCUGGUAACAUCAGGAAUAAAGCAUUGGAAGCCUAAUAAGCCUCGCUGUCUACUCAUAGAGCACUGACACAGAGGACAAAGGAUGACAAACAUGUCACGAUAUCUUGUUAACCACCUGCUGACGUUCUCACUCCAGGACGGGGAUGUGGAGAGUGUGGAGGAAGCCAAGUCACGUCUCUCCUUCCUGGCUCAGACCAAAAAGCUGUGGAGUCAACAGAUGUACCUGGAUGUUGGAGCACAGGCCAUUCAUCUCAGAGACAUACAGAGCCAGGAUGAGCUGGAGAAGUACUCCUUCAAAUCCAUCUUCCGGUGUGAUGCCAUUAACACAGAAAAAUACUUCCCAUCCCUCCUUAUGUUGAUCUGCCAAGGUGAAGAUCAUAAGAAGCCUGACAUUCUCUUCUUCAACUGUGAGACUGUGAAGGCAGAAGAAAUCUGUGACAACAUCGCACACGCUGUUUCAGGUUCCUCCACCAGGAGUAAGGGGCUCCCUGAUGCCAUCAGGCCUCAGAGUGGAGGAGACAUGAUCAGCCCCUACGAAAUCCCAAGUCCCCCCAUAGCACACGCUCCAAAUCCCCCACCGCCAAACCCUCCACCUUACCCUGGACCCAGAGCAGCAAAUGCUGUGAAUGGCGGGCCUGACAUCUCUUUUCUUGGAGCAGAGAGAGAAGUGGGGAUCCUCAAUCACUGUUUCGACGACAUUGAGAACUUCAUGGCCAAGCUGCAGCAGACGGCAGAGGCUGCGACGGUGCUGAGCCAGAGGAAGAAGAAAAAGAAGAAAAGUAAAAAGCAAAGUGCUGAAGAGGAUUUACUCACUGCGAAGGCUCGUCCCCCACCAGAGGAGGAAUUCAUUGAUAUCUUCCAGAAAUUCAAAUAUUGCUUCUGCCUGCUGGCCCGUCUGAAAUCAAUCAUCUCUAAUCCUUCAUCAGAAGAGCUCGUUCACCACAUAUUCAAACCUUUGGAUAUGAUGGUGAAAACUACAGGAGGACCAGCUCUCGGAGCCUCAGUGUCCAGCCCCGCCCUGACCAACUCCGCUGUUUCCCUGCUACAAGACAACCUGAAUGAGGAGGAGAGGCAGCUGUGGACGUCUCUGGGUCCUAACUGGACACUCCCUCGCUCUCAGCUCAGAGGGCCUGUAGCUCCGUACAGCCCCGUGUUCUUGGACGGUUGGAAGCCAGAAGCCUUGAGGGCAGACGGGCAGGUUUGGGAGGAUCCGGUCGAGUCACAGCACAAACAUGAAGCCCUCCGAGUAAAACAAGAGCAGCAACAGCCUCCUCAGCCAGUCAGCCCUCCCAACGACCAAGUCAGCAGUGAAACAGAUGGCAACACACUCCCACCAGAACCUGAAAGACUCUACAGCUGCAGUUACGACUUCAUUGCCAGGAACAGCAGCGAGCUUUCAGUGCAGCAGGGGGAGACACUUGAGGUGAUUGAAUCAUCCAAACGCUGGUGGAAGUGUCGUAAUCGGUUCAACCAGAUCGGCUUUGUCCCCUUCAACAUCCUGGAACCCAUAGCUCACAUAGACAGCCCCGUCACCAACAAACCCCCCAGUGCUCCCGCUCCGCCUCCCCUCGCCAAGACUUUCUCUGCAGUCCCGCCCAGCCCUCCUUCUCUGCCCCAGGCCCCCACCCACUCCCCACAGCGUCCACGAAGCUUACCUGCAUAUAAUCAACCAGCUGCAGAGGACACAGAUAAAGUCAUGUUGGUGAAUGACGAGCUGCUCCAGAGACUGACCAAUGGAAAGGCCAAUCUGAACAAACCUCUGGUCAUCCCUCGCUCCUCAGAGACCUCUGUCCCGCUGGACUACCACUCUCCUCCAGAGGAAGUGGCUGAGUGGCUCAGAGGGAAAGGCUUCAGUGAACCGACGGUGUCGUGUUUGGGAGUGCUGACAGGUGCCCAGCUCUUCUCCCUCAACAAGGACGAGCUACGAGCUGUGAUUCCAGAUGAGGGCGCCAGAGUCUACAGUCAGCUGACGGUGCAGAAAGCCCUGUUGGAGGAUGCUAGAAGGGCCACAGAGCUGGAGGCCGUCAUGGAGAAACAGAAGAUGAAGGUCGAUCUGAAACUGGAGAGCAGCACAUUGUGAGCAGCUGGGGUCAACGUCACAAAGAGUUUCAGAUGAAGGGUUUAACUGUCGCAGCCGUCGCCUGCAAGUGAACUCAUGAAUUGUUAAUUACAGUAUAUUCACCAGAGAACAUGUGACAGUGACUUCAACCAUCAAAAACUGUCUAUGAAAAGUAUCGUGCUCAUUCUGACAUAAUUAUUUCAAGCGUUUAAUGCAAGCAGGUGCUGUGCAAACUGAAUAUUUUAACAUUCAAAUACACCAUUUGUAAAUUAUGUUGUUUGUUUUAAUGUGAAUAGUUUUCUUCCCUAAUAUCUGUCUAGCAGUAAAAGGACUAACUUAAAUGAAAUGUAUUUAUCGCUGUAAAAUCCGUGUCUACUAACUCAAUCAUGACAAACAUGGCUUUACACAAUAAAAA